GUCUCCUUUUCAGAAGAAACUUCUUCCUCUCUUCAGCGUUUGCCGUUCGUACACUCGUUUAUACUACAACGCUACCAUUACUCUCGUUAAGAUUCAGGAUGCGUUGGAUUUCUAUCGUCGCUGUUCUCGGCGCUGUUGCUAGCGCUCGUCCGCUGUGCCGUCCUGAUCGAUCGACUACGACUGGUCUGCCCUCGACUACAGCGACUACGAGCGUUGAGACUUUGAGCACUGAGUCUGCGACUGCUACUGAGACCUCGGCUAUUGAGACUACUGCUACUUCUGCUACUACUUUUACUGAAUCGGAGACUGCUACUGCGACUACGGGUUUCACUACUGUUACUACUGCGGUUACCAGCGAAGCUGCGACUACUACCUCUGACGCCCCCGAGGCUACCAACUACAUCCAGAACGGCGAUUUUGAGGAUAGCCCCAACACUGAUUGGAGUGUUCGAACCAGCGAUAUCAAGGACGACCCUGAACGAGCUCACUCCGGCAACAAAUACGUCCAAUACGAUGUUGAUGACUCCGAAGCCGUCGGUGGUAACCAACUGAACCAAACUGUCAAUGGUCUCGAUACCGAGCGUCUCUACCGUCUUACAGCCUACGCCACUGUCUUCAACACUCCCGCACCCGUCAAGGACGAAAGCACCAUCUGCGUCAUUCAAGCUCUGCAAGAGAGCACGAUCAUAGUUCAGUGGCGCCUCGACUUUACGAAUCUGGGUACAUAUAAGCAGUAUUUCGUCGACUUCACGCCAUCUGAUGACGAUGUUACUGUUACGAUGAGGCUUCGGUGCAGUGAUGGAAAGAAGGUUACUUUGUCUGUUGGUCUGGAUGAUGUUUCUCUGUAUGACAUUGGUCCUAAGCUUGUUGGCUAAGCUACUGUUUCACCCCAAUAAUUUGGCAAGACCUGGGCAUCUCAUUCAUGGGAAGCAUCAAGACAACCAAGAUGAACCCUAGCUCUGUGAGAGUAGGUUGCAGAGAGUCUUGCCAUGGUAUUUAUUCUUCUUCGACAUGCCAGCAACGAUUUUGCAUAUAUAUGGCCAUUAAUCUUACAUAUUCUAUCACUAUCCUGCCUAGGAUCUUUGCAAUGCUUGAGGUAGCUACGGGCCCUCAGGGUAUAUGCAUCACUCGUAGUAGAACUCGAGGACAUAGUGAAGGAAUGUCCUUCAUAUUCAAUUUGUUCCAUGCUCAG